UUCUCCGGUCACUAUCUAUCCACCCUUCUCUCUAGAAACCAAAAAAAGCUAAAAGCCUAAACCCCACUUGCAUAAACCCUCCUUAAAGAUUUCUGUGCUAAUUCAAUUCCUCACCUUAAUAAUAAGUCUUCCUAUUUCUUCCUUAAUAUAAUUUGUUGUUGUUUCAACAAAAUUUAUCUUUUCUUGAACUGAUCGAUCAUUUGCCUCCCAUGGACUUGACCACCAGCCCCACCACCAAAACCCCUGAUUCUGAAAACGAUACCCCACCCCAGCCCCGCCUUAAGCCGCUGUCGUUCGUCAACGGCGCCGCCGCGGCUCACCGGAAGCUGGCGCCGCCGCCGCCGGUGGUUUAUAAAGAAUGCUUGAAGAACCAUGCAGCUAGCAUGGGCGGCCACGCGUUGGACGGUUGCGGCGAAUUCAUGCCCGCCCCCGACGCUACUCCGGCGGAUCCCACUUCCCUCAAAUGCGCCGCGUGUGGCUGCCACCGCAACUUCCACCGCCGCGAGCCGCCCGACGACUACUCCAUCUCCUCCCCACACUUCAUCGACUUCCGCCACCCCUUCCGCCGCCGCUCCUCCCCGUCCCCGUCCCCGCCGCCGCCGCCGCCGCCGCAGCACAUGCUCCUCGCCCUCACCACCCCGCCGGAGGACUCCUUCCACCACAACCACCACCUCACGCCGGUGACCCCGACCGCCGUGAAGACGGAGAACACCGCCGGGAGAAAGCGGUUCCGCACGAAAUUCACCCAGGAACAGAAGGAGAAAAUGCACAACUUCUCGGAGAAACUGGGGUGGAAAUUGCAAAAAUCCGACGAGGUGUCGGUGGAGAGAUUCUGCAAUGAGAUCGGCGUUAGCAGAGGCGUACUCAAAGUGUGGAUGCACAACAACAAAAACACCUUGGGGAAGAAAGACAACGUCAGCAAUGGAGGCUUCAACGUCAUUAACGGCGGCGGAACCAUAAAAAACGACGGCGUAGACAACAACAACAACAGUAACAGCUCUAACGAUCACAAUGCUAGCAGUAGUCAUUGUCGUGAUGAUGAUCAGAAUAUUUGUGGCGGCGAUCUUAAUCUUCAUAUCUCAGCUCCCACUAAUAUAUAAUCAAAAGCCUGUAAUUCUUCAUCUUCAUCUUCAUAUCUCAAUUUUAGUCGCCAUAGAUCCAGAAGUCAUGUUUUUCAUUUCAUAAAUUUCUUUGUUUUUCUUCAUUAAUAUAAUUAUUAACAAUAACAAAUAAUGAAUUAGAGUCAGUCCUAGAAAACUUCUAAUGUAUCCGCAAAACACGAAUUCGUGUUUUUAGCCUUUCUUGUACUGUUUUUUUUUUUUUUCUAUAAUUAAUCAUUUACUUAACAACAA